AUGGCCGGGAUGGUCGGAUAUUGGUUAGCGAGGGUUGGGUCUAGAGCACAGGGCUGUAGGGAGGGAGCUUCUCUGUUGAAGGCUUGUGGAGGUCAAUUCGGGUUAGCUGGUGAUUUCUUAAAUGCUGUAGAGAUACUCUUCUGCUCACUGAUUGAGACCCGAGGGAAUGUCUCACAAAGAGUGAAUGGAAUAAUUCUUCACGACGAAGGCUUUAUCACGAGCAAACUGCAAAGAACCGAACGGACUCAGUUGCUUCGAUCCCCCGGGUGGGAAUCCUAUGGUGGCUCUAUGAACAGGAAAACAGGUUGUGGGAAGCUCUGGAUAGCAUCGAAAUUGUAUCUCUGGUCCUGGCGGUGCCCGCAGCAUCUUUCAACAUGCAUCAUGCUCUUCAAUCAGACACCCAUGAUCAGCACUCGAUGUCCUGUUCAGCUGGAUGUACUUUCAGUUCAUAGCAGUCUUGAGACAGCUGAAGAUUUCCCUGUUGCUGUUCCACGAGCCUUAUAUAAAUGGCACUAUCUGGUAGAGAGGUUUGCACUCUUGCGACUCACUAUAGACACUGUGACGAGUCCUCGCGCAAACGCGUCUAGUCCAUGGGUAGGCAGAAUACAUGUGAAUGAAGCCUUUGCAAUGGGUGACUACAAUGGGCCAGUCGAGACAACGAUACCCUGGCAGCCGUUCUGUCAGUCCUACUGUCAUGUGAACGACAGUCGAUGCCAUGCCUAG